AUGAGGAUACUAUUACUAUUAUUAUUGCUCGUCGUCGGAUCAUGUAGCGCAUAUAAAAUGCUAGUAUUUGUGCCAAAUAUGGCCAAUAGUCAGGUUCAAUUCUGUACAAGAGUUGCUGCAGCUCUUGCCGAUGCUGGCCAUGACGUCACAAUGGCUAUGAUAACACAUCUCAGCGAUUUCAAACACGAUGUGAAGAUACCCAAGAAUAUUAAAGUAUAUGAGGUUGAUGCUUUUGUCGAAGGACUCACACAGGAAUACAUGCACGGCGAGCAGGCAAAGUUCAUGUUUAGGGAUGUGAGUCCACUUGAACCCGAAAUGUUCCGCCUGAUGAACCUUUUCACAACUUUGCAAAAGGAUGGAUGUCGAAUGUUGCUUCGCAAUAAGGAAUUCCUUAAAUGGCUUGAAAGUGAGAAGUUUGACAUUGCUUUUGCGUACAUCUACUCGACAUGUCCAGUUGGUAUCAUUCAUCACGCAAAGAUUCCCACAUGGAUAUGGUUAAAUAGCGGUGGUUUAAUGGAUUAUGUGGCGAAUACGAUUGGCGUCCCAAUUAUUCCAAGCUAUGUUCCACCAAUGAUGAUGGAAGCUCAUGAUACUCUUACAUUCUAUGAGAGAAUCAAGAGUUUCAUUGGUCACACACUUUUGGGUUUGCUCUCUAGAAGUAUGAUGGCUACCAAAUACACAGAAGUAUUCCGAGAGGAAAUCGAUCCAAAUUUUCCGCACACUAUGGAUUUGGCUGAGAAAUGUCCAUUGGUUAUGGUGAACUCGAAUGAGCUUUAUGAUCUACCAAGACCAACUCUAGCGAAGGUGGUGAAUAUUGGAGGAUUGGGUGUCGGCUUCGAUGCUGCCAAACCGCUGACAGGGGAAUUUGAGAAGAUAAUCAAUAGCGGAAAAGGAACAAUCGUUUUCUCAUUCGGAUCGGUGGCUGCUGCCCACAAAAUGCCCGAAUUCUGGAAAAGCGCCCUUUUGGAAGCAUUUGCUGAAUUUGCAGACUAUCAAUUUGUGAUGAGAUACGUUGAGAACGACCUCAAUGAUCGACUUCCCAAAAAUGUGCACCUAUUCAAAUGGCUUCCACAGAAAGAUCUUCUACUUCAUAAUAAUACGAAGGCGUUCAUUUCUCACGGAGGAUACAACAGUCUUCAGGAAUCAAUUUCUUCGGGUACUCCAUUAGUCACCAUUGCAUUGUUCGGAGAUCAGCCAAAAAAUUCGAAAAUCGCGCUCAAACAUGGAAUUGCUGUAAAUAUUGCAAAAUCGGAAAUAUCGAAGGAAACUAUUGUCAGCAAAUUGAAAGAAAUUCUUGAGAAUCCAAUGUAUUCAAACAAUGUCAAAAGAAUUUCCCAAAUGGUCCGUAAGCAGCCAACGAAGCCAGCAGAAUUGCUUGUGAAAUGGUCGGAAUUCGUGGCCGAAUUCAAAAAUUCAGGCUCCGGAGGACUCUGGAAUACGAACUAUACAAACGAAUGGAAUCUCGGCCGAGACUUCGCUUGGCUUAAUAAUUCAGAAUAUCCAAACCUUCUGAUGAUAUUACGGUCUGUAUUAAGUUUCUGCUAA